AUGUCAGAGUAGGAAAUCGAAGCUGAAGAAGGUUAAGUUGUGUAGCCAGAGGAAGUUGAUGAGGAAUAAGAUGAUAUUUAUCCUCCAGAAGAAGAAUAAAGAAGACUUACUCAUGAAAUAUUAAAAAAAGGAUUGGAAAGAAUUGGCAAGAUUUGGACAGGAAAGAAUUAUGCACUUGUAAAUAUGAACUGCGAAAAAAAGAAGAUAAAAAAUUUAUUUAAUAUUUUGUUCGAAUAUCCUCAUCUGCGUCAAAUUAACUUUAGCAAUAAUUGGAUUUCAGACAUUUCCACUGUCACUAGUAUUAAAUAUCUCACUCAUCUUAAUUUAACUAACAAUUUUAUUGAGAAUUUGGAUGCAUUUAGAGUACCUGAUACUCUUACUUUCUUGGAGGAUUUAAAUUUAACUGGAAAUAAAAUAAAAGAGCUUGUAAAUAUUGAAGCAAAAAAUCUUUAAAGACUUAACCUUAGCUCUAAUGAGAUUACAACUUGUGAAAAUUUCACAGGACAUCAAAGCAUUAAUGUUCUCAUUUUGAAGAAGAAUAAACUUAAAAAUCUGAAGGGUAUUCAGAAUAUGAGAAACCUUGAAUAGAUUUAUGCUGCAGAAAAUCCAAUUACAAAUUUUUAUGACUUAAAUAAUCUUCCACAUCUAAAGAAGUUGCAUUUAAGAAAGACUGAGAUUAAGAAUUUGGAUACAACUAAACCACAAGAAGUGCAAAAGGAAGAAGGGGAAGAAGGAGCAGAAGAAGAAAACUAACAAAAAGAAGAAAAGAAAAGAAUUAUUUUAAGACCUGAAUAAGAUUAAAUAGAAAAGGAGCUAUUAAAAUAAAUGCCUCACCUACCUUUAUUGCAUUAUAUAAAUCUUAGAGAAACUAAAGUUUAUGAUGUGAAAGAAGUUUUUUUGUUUUAAGCAUUCCCUAAUUUGACCUCUAUUAAUGUACUGGGUACUGACUUAGCAGAAUCUACUGAGCAUUCAAUCAAAGAAGAAUUAAUUAUGAAUAAUAAAUAACUCAAACACAUCAACAAAGAAGUAGUUGAAGAAGAAGAAGUUACAGAAGCACUUAAUAAAAGAAAAGAAAGGGAUGAAGAACUAGUUAGACAGUACGAAGAAGAAUAAGAAAGAUUAAAAGCUGAAGAAGAAGAAAGACAAAGGUUAUUAGAAGAAGAAAGAGAAAGACUUCUCGAAGAAGAAAGAUAAAGAAAAGAAGAAGAAGCAGCAGCUGCCUAAAAUUAGCAACAGUAAGAUGAAUGA